AUGUCUACACAUGAAAAUAUGAAAGUAAUAAAUUGUGUCUUGAAAGCCUUUGAAGGCAAUUUUCAUCACGAUGUUGAUGUAGAAUGUGGUUUGAUGUGUAGAUUAGACGAUCACAAUCUAAUCGAUAUGAUAGAAAUAUGUAGAGACCUGAAAAAGACCCCAAGCUACGUUAAAUUUAAAGUUUCAAGAAAUCUUCAUUUGGAUGUGACGGAAAAAGCUUUCAAAGCUUACAGAAGUUUGUCAUUGUUCAAAAUGAUAGUAAUAAAGCCAUCUAAGAUCAUGAAAAAUAUUCCUGAAUAG